AGACAGCUGCAACCCAGAGGCACGCGGGGGCGCAGGAGGCUGGUGGAGGACUGUGUUGGCGGCGUCACUGAGCCGGAUCGUCCCCAGUACCUUCCCGGAGGGCGACAUAGGGUGGGGCCGGCGGCUCUGCAACUCGAGCUGCGGCCCUAGUUAAAAAUACCCCUUGCCCUACCCUCUCUCUGGCCGGCGGUGCCCUUCUGUCCCAGUCCAACCCUUCUCACCCGGACCGGCGACCGGCUCCUCCCGGGAGGCAACUCUGCCAUUUACCAAUUUGUCCUCUCGCAGAGCUGGCUUAGAGCCUGCGGAGGAAGGGAAGGACUGAAAGGCACCCUAAGAUGGCAGAGGAGUUAAUCACACCUGUGUAUUGCACGGGGGUGUCGGCCCAAGUGCAGAAGAAGCGGGACAAGGAGCUGGGCUUGGGCCGCCAUGAAAACGCCAUCAAGUACCUGGGCCAGGAUUAUGAAAAUCUGCGGGCGAGAUGCCUGCAGAGCGGGGUCCUCUUCCAAGACGAGGCCUUCCCUCCGGUUUCUCAUAGCCUGGGCUUCAAGGAACUGGGUCCCCAUUCCUCUAAAACCUAUGGCAUCAAAUGGAAGCGGCCUAGGGAACUGAUGUCAAACCCCCAGUUCAUCGUGGAUGGAGCCACCCGGACAGACAUCUGCCAGGGAGCACUGGGGGACUGUUGGCUUCUGGCUGCCAUUGCCUCCCUCACCCUCAACGAGACUAUUCUGCACCGAGUGGUUCCCUACGGCCAGAGCUUUCAGGACGGCUACGCCGGCAUCUUUCAUUUCCAGCUGUGGCAGUUUGGGGAGUGGGUAGACGUGGUUGUGGAUGACUUGCUGCCCACCAAGGACGGGAAGCUGGUGUUCGUGCACUCUGCCCAGGGCAAUGAGUUCUGGAGCGCCCUGCUUGAGAAAGCCUAUGCUAAAGUGAAUGGCAGCUAUGAGGCCCUUUCGGGAGGCUGUACCUCAGAGGCCUUCGAGGACUUUACCGGUGGGGUCACUGAGUGGUACGAUCUGCAGAAGGCCCCCAGCGACCUCUACCAGAUCAUUCUAAAGGCCCUGGAACGAGGCUCCCUGCUGGGCUGCUCCAUUAAUAUCUCCGAUAUCCGUGAUUUAGAGGCUAUCACUUUUAAGAACCUGGUGAGGGGCCAUGCAUACUCUGUGACAGGCGCCAAGCAGGUAACGUACCAGGGCCAGCAGGUGAACCUAAUCCGGAUGCGGAACCCAUGGGGAGAAGUGGAGUGGAAAGGACCCUGGAGUGACAGCUCCUAUGAGUGGAACAAAGUGGACCCCUAUGAACGAGAGCAGCUGAGGGUCAAGAUGGAGGAUGGGGAGUUCUGGAUGUCCUUCCGAGACUUCAUCCGUGAGUUCACCAAACUGGAAAUCUGCAACCUUACACCCGAUGCCCUUAAGAGCAGAACCCUCCGGAAUUGGAAUACCACAUUUUACGAGGGCACCUGGCGUCGGGGAAGCACUGCUGGGGGCUGCAGGAACUACCCAGCUACCUUCUGGGUAAACCCCCAAUUCAAGAUCCAGUUGGAGGAGGUGGAUGAUGCAGACGACUAUGACAACCGAGAAUCGGGCUGCAGCUUCUUGUUGGCCCUCAUGCAGAAGCACCGCCGCAGGGAGCGUCGCUUUGGCCGGGACAUGGAGACCAUUGGUUUUGCAGUGUAUAAGGUCCCUCGGGAGCUGGCGGGUCAGCCUGUGCACUUGAAGCGUGACUUCUUCCUGGCCAACGCUUCUCGGGCGCAGUCAGAGCACUUCAUCAACCUUCGGGAAGUCAGUAACCGUAUCCGCCUGCCGCCCGGGGAGUAUAUAGUGGUGCCCUCCACCUUCGAGCCCAACAAAGAGGGCGACUUCCUGCUGCGCUUCUUCUCAGAGAAGAAGGCUGGGACCCAGGAACUAGAUGACCAGAUUCAGGCCAACCUCCCCGAUGAGAAAGUUCUCUCUGAAGAGGAGAUCGAUGACAACUUCAAGGCCUUGUUCAGCAAGUUGGCAGGGGAUGACAUGGAGAUCAGUGUCAAGGAGUUACAGACCAUCUUGAACAGGAUCAUUAGCAAACACAAAGACCUGCGCACUAACGGCUUCAGCCUGGAAUCGUGCCGCAGCAUGGUGAACCUCAUGGAUCGAGAUGGCAACGGGAAGCUGGGUCUGGUGGAGUUCAACAUCCUGUGGAACCGCAUCCGAAAUUACCUGACCAUCUUCCGGAAGUUUGACCUGGACAAGUCCGGCAGCAUGAGUGCCUAUGAGAUGAGGAUGGCCAUUGAGGCUGCAGGCUUCAAGCUUAACAAGAAGCUACAUGAACUCAUUAUCACCCGCUACUCGGAGCCUGACCUGGCUGUGGACUUCGACAACUUUGUGUGCUGCCUUGUGCGGCUGGAGACCAUGUUCCGGUUUUUCAAAAUUCUGGACACAGACCUGGAUGGUGUUGUGACCUUUGAUCUAUUUAAGUGGCUCCAGCUGACUAUGUUUGCCUGAAGUGGGGAUUCGCUCAGCUCCCGUUGCCUUUGUUCUUCCUUUCUUCCUCCGUCAAGCCACGCCUCCCUGCCAAGCCACGCCUCCCCGCCGUGCCAUACCAGACCACACCAGUUGCUGGCACCCUUAUCCUUCUGUCCCCCUUGUCCUCCUGUCCUUUCACCUCCCCACUACCUCUGUUCGACUGCUCUGGGCAGAGUCGCGGGGGCCCUCCCUGCCCCUGUAGUCAAGGGCUCAGAAUGGGCACCCUGACCCCUGCUCAGGGCUAAGACCAGGAAGGCAGCUCCCUGCUCAUCCCUGCCUCUGGGGCAGGGGCAGGGGCAGGCAUCCCUGCCCCCUCCCCCUCGCUGCUACUGUCCGGAUGUGUGUCUUGCCUAAUCUGUGGAGGCUCUAACCCUGUCAUCCCCCAGAGCUGCAGACUUCAUAACCACUAGCUAGCUCCUUGUCUGCACCCGGGUGUUGAAGGCCUCACCUCACGGUGAGAGCCCCACAGCCAGACUCACCUUCCUGUGCCUUCUGUGCAGCAGCCAAGAUCCCUCUGCAAACCAAACUCCACCUCUCCUGGCCCGGAGGGUGCUCAGACCCUCCCUAUCCCCGCCCCCUUCCUCUCUUUUUUAUAUACUGGUCAUUUUCAAGGGAUUAGUGUACUGGUUAUGAAGGACCAGGAGCUGGGGGUGGGAUGGGGAGGUCCCAUGUUUCAGUGCAGUGAGAAAAUAAAAUGAA